UAUUAUGUAUGAUGAUUUGAACGGAGGUAUCUUGUAUCAUAAGCUACAGAAUGGGUUCAUUUCCGAGAUCUACUAUUGUUUUUCUUUUAGUAAGUUUGGUUAUUACUGCCGUGGAGUGUGUGCCCCUUUCUGUAUUCAACCACAGCCAUAUAUUUGAUGUGGACAUCGCGUAUCAGCAGCCCGGGGUUCACCACCGUGAGCCUCGCGAGGCUAAGACCGGCCGGGGGAAUUCUCUCGACACCUGGGCCUGCGAGACGGUCAUCCCGCUACCCGAUGAUAUCCGUGCCGAGUUUCCCUUGGACCCGUUCUACCAGAAGUACACCCACGCCUAUGGUAUCCCCAUCAUAUCAUCUGAUAAUUGCGGGGAUGCGGCCGUGAUUCGUGCUUGCUACACAGUAAGAUUUCUCUUAGCGGAUCGUAAGGACAUUAGGGAUUCCAUGUUUGACCAGUACGGCCGGGUUGGGGUGAUUGCUAAAUCGGAACGCACAACUGAAAUACCGGAACACAGCCACAUGGACAGUGAUGUCAUUGAUGACCGGGCUCGUGGGUUGGGUGGUGUGCCAAACAUUCCCAUAACAACAAACGCAGAAGAGAAUCUCGUUUGUGGAACAGUUUUCGAGGACCGAUGGUCUGAAGAGGAUAUCCUGAUUCAUGAAUUCGCGCAUGCAAUCCAUCUGAUCUCGCUACAAAAGAUCAGCUCUACCUUCGAUACUGAGUUAGGGAGCGCUUACACCAUGGCCAAGACGAGCACUCUGUGGCAAGAUACCUACGCCAUCUCAAAGGUGACAGAGUAUUUUGCAGAAGGUGUCCAGGCAUUCUUCAACGUCCAGGUGUGUCGGAGUUUUACGGACUAUAUUCAUAACACCAUCUGCACGCGAGAGACACUGAAGGCGGCCGAUCCACAACUUUACGAGCUUAUCAGCAAAGUUUUUCCGUGCGAGAAUAUUGUCGUGGACCGAUGUGAAACUGAUCAAGGUUUAGCUGCAGCACAAUUUCUACGCAUGAACUGCGAAUAUGAGCCGGACAUCAUAAAGACAGAGAGUCCGGAACCAACUACAAGAACCGAAGCUACUGAUAGCCAAGAACCAAGUCCAGGAACCGAAGCUACUGAAAGUCCGGAACCAAAUCAAGGAACCGAAAGUACUGAUAGUCCAGAACCAAGUCCAGGAACCGAAGCUACUGAAAGUCCGGAACCAAAUCAAGGAACCGAAAGUACUGAUAGUCCAGAACCAAGUCCAGGAACCGAAGCUACUGAAAGUCCGGAACCAAAUCAAGGAACCGAAAGUACUGAUAGUCCAGAACCAAGUCCAGGAACCGAAGCUACUGAAAGUCCGGAACCAAAUCAAGGAACCGAAAGUACUGAUAGUCCAGAACCAAGUCCAGGAACUGAAGCUGCUGAUACCACACACGGCCUUUCUCAACAAACAGUUUCUUCUCAUCCUCCAGAUACACAAACUACGUCUGCAACUACCACUUCUAAAGGUUUUGUUUCAGUGGGAGCAACGAAUCUGCCAAGAAAUGACGCAAUUAAGAUUGCUGCUGGUGUGAUCGUUCCCAUCGUUGUAAUCAGCGCGGUGAUUGGACUGGUCUUUGCUCACAAAUAUUUCACGACCAAAAUGAAAGUAACAGCCUCUUCAUAAAUGGUGACACUAUAGUAAUCCACUGUUUGGUAAUGGUGUACACAUGCAAAUUUACCUAAACCCAAUCAUGCCACUGUGUCCGCCAGGUUUGGAUAACACAGUGCACAAGAAUGUUGUAGGCCUACUGAACUAUCUCAACAAAAACAAAUGUCAAUUUCACCUAUGAAACAAAAUGUUAAUUAAAUCGAUGUUCACCUGGCCAAUUUCAACAAACAUUUUUUGUUUUGUCCACACGGCCCAUUGACUUUCGUUUGCAAAUGAAUGUUCCUUUCAGUCAACAAUCAAAAUGAUCGUAUAAGAUAUUUCAAUUUUAUUCAGACGCAAGACUCAUUCAAUUUCGUUAAAGCCCGUUGUAGCAUGAACCAUUUAAUUUCAUCCAUCUAGUGUAAAUAGGUAGUAGAAAUUCAACUAAAGAACUGUCAAAGUAUAGCCUUGGAUGCCCUUCAAUAAAAUAGAGUGACUGAAGCGAAUAUGAAUGACAAAACGGAAUAACAUUUUUGCAUAAAAAUGGACUUCAUUGCAUUAAUAGCUGAAAAUACCCCCUAGGUUGAGUGGAUUAGGGAGAAAUGCGUGAAUUUGAAUGCGUGUUAAUGAAACUGAAUGAAAUUUUGCUGAAAUUAGAAUAGAAAACCUUUAAUAAACAAAUGUUAAUUUAUCAUAAAUUUUAACCAAAAUGUUAUUAAGUUAUCAUAAAUAAAAUUUAAAAAUGUUAGUUUAAAAUAAAUACAAUGAUAGAAAGAGGCUUGAAUUCAUGAAUGCAUUGAAAUUCAGGAAAAAAUAAGCAUUUAUGCCUGUCAGGGUACACCAAAACUGAGCUUAAGUUUAUAACAUAGAUUUCAAAAUAUCAUAUAUUAUUAGUAGAUAAAGAUAAUACAUUGUUGCUAUAACUAUUUGUAAAUAAGGUGAAAGCUUAAAAACAGACAUUAUAUUUUUUUCGCAUAUAUAAAUUUACAAAGAAUAAUUAUUGAAAACUGGCUAUCUUAUAAAAUCAAGUCAGAAUCCUGUUAUUGUUUAAUAAUAGUGAGUCAGAAGAGAGAGAAAACAUUUAUCAACAACACAAACAAAGUCUGUCAAAGACUAUAAAAUGAUGUGGUUUUCCGAAGCUUAUUCCUUAAAUUUCGUUUUGCAUUCCCGACCGGGAAAUGGGUCAAAUGGUAGCCGGAAUCCGGGUCAGUUCUGACCCUAGACUUGAUUCAAGUCCUCCCGUUCUAGUGCGAGAGGUCACUCAGCAUAUCCACCGCCAAAAUAUAGCUAUCGUGGUUCCAAGAAUGGUGUGGCACAGGUUGGGGCGUUUUCUGUAAAUAUAAGAACUCUCACGGGAUUGGGACUUGAAUCAAGUCUAUUCUGACCCGAAAGUGGACGCUUUAUCAGCCGCAGAAAACAAACACUGAAACAAGACCUGUCUCAGCUCCCACGCCUGUGAGAGUUUACACAGUUCUUCAAGAGAGUGUGUGAAGGACACGAUUUUUGUAUUUUUUUCUUCUUCGGGGGAACACAACCUAUUAGUUUCAAUAAACCACUCAUCCAUAGAGACACAGCCAAAGUUUAGUAAAUGAAGAUCAAGUUUGUCAAUAGACUAAUUUACUUCGGCAAUCAAAUAUGAACACAACAUCUCUAAAAAAUAUCAACCUUAGUUUUGUUAAUAUUUUUUUACCAUACUUAGAACUGCCUGUUAAGUACUGCUUUUUUGUUUUUCCACGAGUGCCUUAGUUAAAAACUACAGAAUGGAACGGUAUUCACUCUUAUAAUUAAUAAUGUAAAUAGAAUUGUUAUCUUGAAAAUAAAUUUUGC